AUGAAAAGGUGCCGAUUAGAUACGAGAUCAGCUUCCAAAAAGGUACAAAAUCAUAAUAAAAACCAACAAGCUGCAAGUUCUAUUGCAAGUUCGACUACCAAAAAACCACGUAAAUCCAAUCAGAAGCAACUUAAUGAUAAUACUCAGUUACCUGAUAAAUCAUCGCUUCGACAUAAUCAAAACGAACCUCUAAGUAAAAGAAAUGAUAAUUAUGAAAGUGAUCAUGUUAAUACACAUGCCACUUCUCCUUUAAGAAGUCCCAAAAAUGAUGUUAUAAUUACGUCUUUAGCUUCUUCUCCAAAUCACAGAAGUGACGACGAUAUUCUGCCUCUUUCGGUCUCUUCGCCAGCACGUGAAACUGAUAAUGUCAUUACGCCUCUUCAGAUUUCCCCUAUAGAUAAUAUGCCACCAAAUCGACCAUCACAAUUUCAAAUAGUAAAGAAUGAGUUUGAAAUCGCAUUAUGGUUAGCUUACUAUAAAAGGAUAUUAGAUUUGGCAAUUAAUAUUAGAAAUGGGAUGGUGACGAGAGUAGAAAAUGAGGAACCCGAUGAGCCUCCAACAUCUACCUUAACACAUGAACCUGUGUCAAGACUUCCGGAAAUUAAUCAACAUAUUAAAUUUCAGCUCCAAGAGGAGUGUAAGGCUCUUUUUUUACGAACCCGAAAUAACAGUUUCGUGCUAUAUGAAGAAAUUGUUACACAAGUUUGCAAAAUUGCAAAAACCGAUGAAAGAUUAGGGUCUUUGAUUAGAGAUGUUGGUGGUUGGUACAACAUGUAUCGUUAUAAAUUUCAUUCAUCAGUUGUAAAGUUAGCCCACGAAUUUAAAUCAAUUUAUGAAAGUGUGGAUGAACCCUAUGACGAAUUAGAAGAAUUUGUUAACGAUGAUGUUUGUAAACAAACGUUAAACAUGCACCUGAAGGCGACUGAUCUAACAAAAUUAAAGAAGGGUUCUCCUAUUUUCACAAAACUUGUUCUCUUUGUACACGAAGUUAUUAAGGCCGUCCUCGUUGCUAAAAAAAAGAAAUAA